ACACACACACACACACACACACACACACACACACACACACACACACACACACACACACACUUCAGUAGGCGUGAAGCUGAGACUGAAACUUACACUGAAAACCCCAAACAGCACAACUGCAAUUAAUCAGCUACACACAUGCAGACGCUCCCAAAGUAUGUGCACCACACAAGAACACACAGACACACACACACAGACACACACACACACACACACACACACACACACACACACGUACACAACAGGAAAUAAAAUUGGAUUAUGCAAAUGAGCUGAGCAGCAAAAAAAAAAAAAACGGGUCUGAGAGCAGCGAUGAAGGUGUGAGAUAGAAGGAGGGAGUGACGGAGGACUGAUGGGCUGAGAAACAGAAACAGGAAGGUGUGUUGUGUGUCGGUGUGUGUCGGCGUGUGGCAGCAGCUGAGCGACAACACGACAAGUCAGACGCACAAAAGGAGUCUGAGUGUCUUCCCUCGGCAGCAGCUACCUGUUCUUUUCUUUUCCCCUGAGCUCCUUCAGAUGCUGACGGCUGACUGAGUGACAUGCCUGAGGAGGAUUUUUAGGGACAUUAACGAACCGACGUGAUGGAUUACCAGCAGAGGGCCGCUCUGGAUAUCUCCACCAAGAACCCUCAGGACGACUUCGAGAUCCUGCUGAGGGUUGGAGGAGGAACCUACGGAGAAGUUUACAAGGCACGAAACAAGCAGAAUGGAGAGCUGGCAGCUCUUAAAGUCAUCAAGAUGGAGCCAGAGGAUGACUUUUCCAUCAUCCAGCAGGAGAUCAUCAUUGUAAAAAGCUGCAAACAUCCCAACAUCGUGGCAUACUACGGCAGCUACAUACGAGCGAAUAAACUGUGGAUCUGUAUGGAAUUCUGUGGAGGAGGAUCCCUGCAAGACAUCUACCACGUGACUGGUCCUCUGUCUGAGCCUCAGAUCGCCUACAUCUGCAGGGAGAUGCUGCAGGGCCUCGACUACCUUCAUGCACAGAAGAAGAUCCACAGAGACAUAAAGGGCGCCAACAUCCUCCUCAACGACCAGGGCGAGGUCAAGCUGGCCGAUUUCGGGAUCUCGGCUCAGAUCACGGCGACUCUGUCUCGAAGGAUGUCGUUCAUCGGGACGCCGUACUGGAUGGCGCCAGAGGUGGCGGCGGUGGAGAUAAAGGGCGGCUACAACGAGCUGUGUGACGUCUGGUCCGUCGGCAUCACCGCCAUCGAGCUGGCGGAGCUGCAGCCGCCGAUGUUCGACGUCCACCCGCUGCGAGUUCUGUUUCUCAUGUCGAAGAGCGGCUACCAGCCUCCCAAACUGAAGGACAAAUCCAAAUGGUCGUCCAUGUUUUAUAACUUUGUGAAGGCGAUGCUGGUGAGGAACCCCAAGAAGAGACCCAGCGCCUCCAAGAUGCUCUCACACAUGUUCCUGACCCAGCAGUGUCUGAACCAGGAGCUGACCCUGGACCUGCUGGAGAAGUACCGACACCCCGAGAAACUGAAGACCUGCCUGACGGAAGACGAGGAGAUGGAGGUGGCGGUUCCCGGAUCUUUAAGGCGGAUUCAGUCCAUCAACAAACACAACCGGGCAGAGAGGACCAACUCCGACAUAAGCUUGGAACAGAUCUACACUCAGAGGCCUGUGAAGACCGAAUCACCAAAUGUAACAUUAAGGGCUUCAUCAGAAUGGAACAGGAGCAGCAAGAGUUCAACGAGGGAGCCGGACUCGAACUCAGAUGACGACGACGACUACGAUGACGUGGACAUCCCGACGAUACAGGCCACUGGACUCAUAAUGCCGCCGGACGAAACGCCGCCUCCACUUCCUCCAAAGCCUAAAGCGAGGACCAGCUCAGAGGAGAGUAUGGCGUCAGAGGACGAUAGAUCCAGGAAACCCUGCUCCCUUUACGCCCCCUCACCUCUAAUCAGGACCUCCAGCGGGACUCAUGCCCGACCGACGCCUCAUCCACGACCCUCCAGACAUUCAGACCCCAUGUCGUUACCCGUCCAGCUGAACGACAGCUCAGAAAACCUGCUUCCUCCUGAACUCCCUCCUAAAGGCAUCCGCAGACGGCAGCUCCCAUCGAAGGAUCCUGCUGAGUGCAUCAGUCCGGUCAUGAAGAAACCUCCCGUCUACUUUAAAAAGCUCUUCCACGGCUGUCCUCUUAAAAUAAACUGCUCCACAACCUGGGAGAACCCUUCCUCCAAAGACCAGCACCUGAUCCUGGGAGCAGAGGAGGGAAUCUACACCCUGAACCUCCACGGCUCCGAGGCCACCAUGGAGCUGCUGUAUCCUGGGAAGUGUACCUGGGUCUACACCAUCAAUAACGUCCUCAUGUCCGUUUCAGGUAAAUCAUCGCAGCUUCACUCCCACCUGUUGAAGGAGUUGUACGAACAGGCUCGAAAAGAGAGGAUAGUCCCUUUACCGACCCAUAGGCUGUUACCACGAAAAAUGGCGGUGACGAGUAAAAUCCCUGACACCAAAGGCUGCAGGACCUGCUCAGUAGGUAAUCAGCAGAGAGGUUGUGUCUUCCUGUGUUGUGCUCUGGAGUCCAGUGUGAUGCUGCUGCAGUGGUACGAGCCCAUGCACAAGUUCAUGCUAAUUAAGCAUUUCGACUUCCCGCUGCCCAGCCCUCUGCGGGUGUUUGAGAUGGUGGUGGUCCCUCAGCAGGAGUAUCCUCUGGUCUGCAUAGGCGUCUCCAGAGGCUCCAGCCCAAACAUGCCGGUCAUCGUAGAAUACAUCAACCUCAACUCCAACACGUCCUGGUUCACCAGCUCUGGCCUUGAGAAACCUUGUCCAGAUGUUGUUCAAGUCUACCAGCUGGACAGUAGCUCACUGCUCGUCCUCAUGGAAAAGUCCGUUCAUAUAGUCGGUCUGGAAGGAGAACUGAAGAGCAGCAGACCUUAUGAGACCAUCUUCUCUCAUGAGGUCGAGUCUAUAGUGUAUAUUGAGGACACACUGUUGGCUGUUUGGCGUCAUGGCUGGCAGAGGAGAGGGAAAGUUUUCAGCGAGGUUCUGGAGGAAAACAUCGACCACAGGAAGAUCUUCAGAAUGGUGCAGUCAGACAGGAGGGUCGUCUUGGAAACACGUCCCACCGAGGACCAGUCGGGUUUGUCCAACCUGUACAUCCUAGAAGUCGUCCAAAACUACGUCAUGCUGCCCUGAGCGUCCCGCCAGCUGGAGCAGGGCAUCGUGGGAAACUUCCAGCUCUGUAUAAAUGUCUGCACCAGGAAGGAUUGCAAACAUCUGGAUGGAGGAGGAAAUGUUGACAUGGUUGAUUGUUGCUGCCUUCGUCCUUCCGUCUGAAGGCAAACUGCUCUUAUUUAUGCUUUUGUGGUUUGUGGAGGGGCUGCACCGCGGCUUGGAAGCAGCUAGAAGAUCCCCGUUACGCUUCCCGGACAAACUCCUGCAUGGAGUUUGCAUGUUCUCCGUCUACACGCGUGGGCUUUCUCCGGGGACACAGUCCAAAAACAUGCUCAGGUUAAUUGGUGUUUCUAAAUUGUCCGUAGGUGUGAAUGUGAGAGUGAGCUGGGAUAGACUCCAGUCCACCCGUGACCCUCAUGAGGAUUGAACGGUGUAUAGAUGAUGGAUGGAUGGUUUAUGGAGAAUCCAAACAGCUGAGAAACUAGUGAAGGAAGACUCUCCUCCAACACUAAGAGGAGUCUCUGCUGAUUGAAACUGAUGCUCCGCCGUGUGUUUGUGAGCCGAGCUUGUUUUCAGUGUUUGAUCAAAGUUUUACUGCUGUAAUAAAGGUAAUUAGCACAAA